UUCAAGAUUAGUGAAAACCUAGCAGGAAAAUACUCGUGGCCCCCCUCCCUCCCUCUCCCCAUAUACACAAAGGGAGAAGGGAAAGAGGCAACGUGCUCUGAAUUAUGUGUUGAGCCUCUCACUCUGCCCUUCUAUGGACUGUUGGCAUGCAGCCUCCACAGCCAAUUGAUCGGACACCUCGGGCUGAAGAGUGAUUGGGAAGCUGUUCGCCCCAGUGGUUUUUCCUUAUUAAAUGCUAGUUGCCAUCAUAUAAGGUCUUUGUCGGAUGCUUUUUUUUUCACUUUCUCUCUUCAGCAUUGAUGGGGCCUGUUUGCUUGUUUUUUUCUACCUUCUCUAUCCAUUGAUUUCAAAUAAAAAAAAGGGUUAAAAGACCGCUUCUAGAUUGACUUUUUUCCCCCCUCUGAAGGAUUGACUUAUGGCUUCGCUGUAUCAGAGAUUCUCUGGGAAGAUAAACACCUCCAGAUCUUUCCCCAUGCCACCUGAGGCAAGUCACCUUUUGGGUGGCCAGAACGCAGAAGAGGACAAUGCUGGGAAGACCCCACGCCCACCGCAAGAAACCCGACCCUCUUAUCAGUACCAGCCACGACAUGACUGUGAGGAGGAAGAUGAGCUGGUGGGAAGCAAUCCUCCUCAAAGGAACUGGAAAGGAAUAGCUAUUGCACUUCUUGUCAUUCUUGUCAUCUGCUCCAUGAUCGUCACAUCUGUCAUACUGCUGACUCCAGUGGAAGAUAAUAGCCUGUCACUCAAAGCGAAGGUAUCGCUACAAGACUUGGUCAGCGGAGAGUUUGCGAUCCACGAUACGGAAGCUAAAUGGAUAAAUGGUAAAGAACUGUUAUUCAGAACUCAGCAAGGCAAUGUGGUGAAGCUAAAUGUGGAAAAGAACGAGUCGACGUUGCUGAUAGAGAAGAAAAUGUUUGAUACUUUCAAGGUCAGCAAAUAUGAGGUGUCUCCAGAUAUGAAGUACGUUCUCCUUGCGUUUAACGUCAAACCGAUUUACCAGCAUUCGUUCACAGCGCAGUAUGCUCUAUGUAACCUCAUCACCGGUAAACUUACAGACUUAAAUCCACCAGAAGUAGAAGUAGAGAAAGCAUAUCUCCAGUAUGCUGGAUGGGGCCCUAAGGGUCAACAACUGAUUUUUAUAUUUGAAAAUAACAUCUUUUAUAAAAUGAAUGCUGACAGCCGCCCCAUUCGCUUGGUCUCCACUGGCAAAGAAGGAGUCAUUUUUAACGGGCUGAGUGACUGGCUUUAUGAAGAAGAAAUAUUUAAAACCCACAUUGCCCAUUGGUGGGCUCCAGAUGGCGCCAGACUAGCAUAUACAACAAUCAACGAUACCAAAGUUCCUUCUAUGGAGAUCCCAGUAUAUACAGGUUCAAUAUACCCAACAGUAAAAAAUUAUCAUUACCCAAAGGCUGGCUUUGAGAAUCCCGUUGUCACCUUACAUGUUGUAAACUUGAAUGGGCCUCUUCACCACGUAGAAAUGACACCCCCUGAUGAUCAAAGAAUGAGAGAGUACUAUAUAACCAUGGUGAAAUGGGCAACCAAUACCAAGGUGGCAGUCAACUGGUUAAACAGGGCACAGAAUAUCUCCAUCUUGACAUUGUGCGAUGCUAUCACCGGAGUUUGCACAAAGAAACAUGAAGAUGAAAGUGAAGCUUGGUUACACAGACAGAAUGAACAGCCAAUCUUCUCGAAGGACGGAAGAAAGUUCUUCUUUGUGAGAGCAAUUCCACAGUUAGGUCGUGGGAAAUUUCACCAUAUUGCUGUUUCUUCAUCACAAGCUAACAACAGUAAUGACAACUUACAGUCUAUCACCUCAGGAGACUGGGAUGUUACGGAAAUUCUGGCAUAUGAUGAAAAGAAUCAAAAAAUCUACUUUCUCAGCACGGAGGACUCCCCCACACGCAGACAGUUAUACAGCACUAACACCAACGGGAGCUUCAACAGACAGUGCAUCUCGUGCUUAUUGAUUGAGAACUGUACUUAUGUCAGCGCUGCCUUCAGUCACACUCUGGAGUACUUCUUACUGAAAUGUGAAGGUCCACGGGUUCCUGUUGUUACGAUCCAUAACACAACUGACAACCAAAGUCUGAUUGAACUGGAGAACAAUUACAAAGUGAGAGCUGUGGUAGAGAAGAGGCAGAUGCCUUACUCUGAGUUUGAAUACAUUCCAGUGAAUGACUACAAACUGCCAAUGCAGAUUAUCAAACCGGCAACAUUUAUAAAUACGGCACAUUACCCUCUUUUACUUGUUGUUGACGGUAGUCCUGGAAGUCAGAGCGUCUCAGAAAGGUUUGAAGUCAAUUGGAUAACAGCGUUGGUCAGCUCGUUCAGUGUUAUAGUUGUAAAGUUUGAUGGACGUGGAAGUGGCUUUCAAGGGACAAAGCUUUUACACGAAGUAAGGAAAGAGUUGGGAAUUUUACAAGAAAAAGACCAGUUAUCUGCUCUGGGGUCAAUAUUAACUCAACAAUACAUAGAUAAGACAAGGGUCGGCGUUUUUGGAAAGGAAUAUGGAGGAUACUUGAGCACACGUCUCCUGACAUCCAUGGCAGAUGAUCUUUUUGCGUGUGGGGCAGCUCUUUCUCCAAUAACAGAUUUUAAACUAUAUGCAUCUGCUUUUUCGGAAAGGUAUUUGGGACUGCAUACCAUUGACAAUGGAGCAUAUGGGGCGUAUGAGUUGGCCAAAAUAACAGUUCGAGAGUCCUUAUCGAAUAAAGCAAAAUUUUUGAUUAUCCAUGCUACUGCAGAUGAAAAGAUCCACUUCCAGCACACGGCCGAACUCAUCACUAAUUUAGUCAAAGCCAAAGCCAAUUAUUCCUUACUGAUAUAUCCUGAUGAAAAUCAUUAUAUGAAGAGCCAAGCAAUGGAGCAGCACUUGCACAAGUCUAUUGUGAAUUUCUUUGAAGAAUGCUUCAGAAUUCAAGAUAAGCCCCCUGUAGUAGUCAUAGAAGAAGAAGAGGAGGAUUAAGUUUUGUCCGUGCCAAGUACAAACCAGUAACAAUAUGCAACUGAAUCGUUUUCUUUGGAAACUACAAAAUGUUAUGUUUAGCAUGUGUUUAACGGAACAGUGCCCUCAAUGGCUUAUCCGACCGUACCACUUCCCAGGAAGAAAAACAUAAAGCAUGGUGGACUCAGCAAACAGUGCUGGCUAAUCACACAGCUUUUUGUUACUAGUAAAGGUUUCUUGUACUUCAAAAAAAAUUACAAAUAAAAAGGGGCAAAAAAAAAAAAAAAAAGCAAACAGAAACAAAAAACAAAAGGAAGGAUGAAAGAAAUUAAACUUUUUGAGGAACUCCAAGAAGACUAUUAUACAGACGAGACAUCCUGUUAAUUCAUGAAAACAACAGUAGCAUUUAACCCGUUCUUAUUCCCGCUCUAAAUUAACAUUGCAUUCGAGUCUGAAGAAACUAAUACUGUUAGUACGAAACAAAGAUUAUAGCACAAUUAUUUUGUUGAUACUAAUUUACAGUUUGCUUGCUCGGCAUCACACCAUGAACACACAAAAAAUAAAAAUGACAACUUUCAGGGCAGCAGAAUCAAA